AUGAAAUUUGAUAAUGAAGUUGUAAGAAAGCAUGAUGAACUUCUGGAAAAAUUGAAUACAGUGAAUCAAUCGAAUGCCCCUGUGCCAGAACUUUUCGAUGAAAUUGAUCGAUGGGAAACUGUAACAACGGAAAAAGUGCAUAAAGCAGCUGAACGAGCUCGUCAUCAACUUACUGAACUGCUGGCUCAAGAGAAAGAUGCAUUAACAAAAGAUUUUGGCAUAAUGACAAAAGAAAUUCGUGACCGACGAGAUGAAACCAAUUUUGACGAAAGUGAUAUCGAACGACUUCAACAAAAAAUAGAUCAGAUACAAAUAUCACUGCAACAAGUAAUUCGACCAACAAUAAUUACAUCGAUCAUAAGGACGAACGAUCAAGUCGAUUGGGAUCGAUUUAUCUACGUUGAAAAAGAAGACAACAAAGUGGUGAAGAAAGUUGAAGAAGUUUGGUCUCGUUUUAUAGCUCAAGUUUUUAAACAAGAAUUGAUGUAG